GCGAUACAUUCCCUGCUGGUUGCCGAGAAAGCUGCGUGCUGCGAAACCUUGUCUUGUUCCACCAUGCUUAGGAGAAAAUCACGACACGACCUGACAGCUGACAGCUCAUAAAAAUAUUUAAAGUUCAGGAAAGAAUAUGAUACGUAGAACCUCAAAAUGCAAGCAAAUUCACUAUUUGGAAUUUCAAACAUUACUUACAUUAAAUUUGGUAGUGCCUAGCUCAAGUGUAAUUUAUAAACAGCCAGGAACUUGUGGGCUACCCAUCAUUCGGUUUGAGAAAUACUAUCAGAAUAUAUCGCACUUACAAAAUGGAUGGCGUUAUUCGAGGUGUUUAUGGAGUUCCAGUAGAAUUCGCAAUGGGAUAUCCCUUGGGAAUGCCAUUCGAAAUGCAUGUUAUUCCUACGGAUCCAAAUCUUCAGUUUCAUGAAAUUCAAGCACCUAUUGAACACAAUUUAAUGCUGAUAUCGAAUUCAGGCACAGAGAAGUGUUGUUGUCCGGAAGCAUCUAGAUCCGUCGACGCAACUGACCCAAAAUCUAUAACGACACUUUCAUGCCUACUUCACUGUCCAAGCAGCAGACGAAGAAACUUGAAGUUCUUGAGCGACUGGAGAAUCGAGAAGAUGCUAGAAAAGUACCUUCUGACUUGUGAAGAAUUGCAGAAUGGAGGCUUCCCUUUCGAUUUUCAUCGGUUUCAUGGUUGUGCAUUUAUAUUUAAACCGGAAGAUUCCCAGCAGCAGAAGCUUGCAGCUUUAAAUCCUGAUGCUCAGGAGUUUAUUCCUGGACAGUGCCAAAUUUUUGUUCACCCACGCGACCAUAAGCCCCCUCUGUUAAGGAAGUGCAAACGAUGCUCGUAUAGCUUCCCCGUCGACAACCAAACGGGCGAAUACCUUCUGAUCGAGGAGUGUGUUUACCAUCCUGGUAAACUUCGUAGAAAGAUUUGGGAAUGUUGUGGUGUCGCCAGAGAAUUGAGCCGAGGAUGCGCCACAGCCAAACGUCAUGUUUGGACUGGUGUUGGUCCAGGAUGCAAUGGGCCACUUGCUGGUUUCGUUCAAACAAAGCCUUUGUGUUUGAUUCCAUCGCACAGUGGUUUUGGUGUAUUUGCAUUAGACUGUGAAAUGUCAUUCACAAAGAAAGGCAUGGAAUUAAUAAAAAUCUCCGUAGCGAAAAUAGACGGGGCCAUAAUUUAUGACCACUUUGUAAAACCUUCGGAAGUAGUUAUUGAUUACGGCACGGAGAUCCACGGCAUUACUGAAGAAGAAGUUUCCAAGGCAACGAAGACCCUCAUGGAUGUACAGAAUGAUCUUCUGAAAUUUAUUCACGCAGAGUCAAUUCUCCUUGGACAUGGCCUCGAAAAUGACCUUCUCGUUUUACGCCUCAUUCACAAGCGCAUCAUAGACACGAGUUAUCUUUUCCCACAUGAAAAGGGAUUUCCUUACCGAUAUAGUCUAAAAACUUUGGCCAAGAGUCUCCUGAAGAUGGAAAUUCAGAUGUCGAAGCACGACUCCAUCGAAGAUGCGCGAGUUGCAAUGGACGUAAUGUUAUGCAAACUUGAAGAUGAUUUGCAGAAAAAUGUUUAUGUAUAAUUGUAGGAAUAUUUAAAAUAUAACGUAUAUUGUAAAUAUUUGUAAAUAUUUGUAUAUUUGUAUAUACAAAAAACUAGGUAGUGAAAAUUAACUGUAACAAGAUUGUAAAUUAGUCAGCUUACAAUAAGGUUUUCAAAAAAUAUAAACUAUUACUAAAAUUAUGUCUUUUUCAGGUAUCUUCUAUUCUUAAAUCAUAGAAAACUUCGACAGAUUUUUUGGAUGGCCUUUAGGUGGGAAUUCAU